GUAAGCUUCGACAGCGCGUGGCUAGAGGGAAAUGCAGGCUGGCCCGAGGCGCGGAACUACGGGCGGUCGAUGGGCUUCCUGCAGCCAGCGCCCGCGGCCUUCCCCGCUGAGACCGCCCGCUUGUUCUCGGCCAACAACGGGCUCGCAUGCGACGGGGACAGUGCGCGCAGAGCGGAGAAGAUGAUUUGGCCCGAGGUCGAGCCCGGCCCGCCGCCGGCCGACAAGUGCGCCUCGCUCGACAUCGUGGACCUCCGCGGAAGCCGGAUGCGAGAGUUGUUCCCGCGCCCGAUGGCGACGCGGGCGCCCCUGGACAGCGUCGCUCAGCAACCCGCAGGGCGCGUGCUGGCGGAGCCCGACAGCCUGCUGCCCUUGGCGCGGGGCCUGCUUGAGCGGGGUCUG